CCUCCCCAUAUGCCACCUACUGGUUUCCCUCUGUCAUUGAUGACUGUGCAGUAUGAAUGUGUAGAUGUCUCGGUGGACUGCAGGAACUGAAUGCCCUUCGGGGAUAAAUAAAGCUAUUUGUAUCUGUAUUUCCUAUGUUACAUGAACGCACCAGAAGUCCCAUGAAAAGUUCCUGCUCCCGGGUUCAUCUUGGCUGAUCCAGCCAAUCAGGAGUCGAUCCGGGGCUCAUCCAGCCAAUCAGGAGCCGAUCCUGGCAGCAGGGGGCGGGGUUUUGGGUUUUCCAGCCGUGACGUCCCAACUUUUCCAACAACGUCUCUGUCACAUCAUGGAGUAGAGAUGAGGACGGACGGACGGAGUUAGUUCUGGUUCUGGUUCUGGUUCUGGUGGAGCACCGACAAGUUCAGAAAACCAAACAUUGGGGGAUUAAAACGGAGGAAUUAAUACUUGACGGAACCCUUCAACCUCUCGGAGCAGGUUCCGAUUCAUCAGUGACUAAAGAUGAUGGCUGAUGCCAGCGACAUGUUGGCAGCUGCCCUGGAGCAGAUGGAUGGCAUUAUAGCAGGCUCCAAGGCUCUGGACUACUCCAACGGGCUGUAUGACUGCCAGUCACCCACCUCUCCUUUCAUGGGCAGCCUGAGGGCGCUUCACCUGUUGGAAGACCUCAGGAGCGUCCUGGAGUUAAUGGACACAGAGGAAAGGGAGAGUCUACGCUGCCAGAUCCCUGACUCCACAGCUGACAGUCUGGUCGAGUGGCUUCACGGUCACCUGUCCAACGGGCACAUCUCUCUGAGCGGGGGUGACCACUACCAGGAAAGGCUUUCCCGAAUAGAAAAUGAUAAGGAGUCUCUGGUUCUUCAGGUGAGUGUGCUGACAGACCAGGUGGAGGCUCAGGGAGAGAAGAUUCGAGACCUGGACUUGUGUUUGGACGAGCACAGGGAGAAACUCAACGCCACUGAGGAGAUGCUGCAACAGGAGCUUCUGUGCCGAAACACUCUGGAGAACCAGAAGCAAGAACUGAUAUCUGAAGUGUCCAAACUAAAGAUGAAGCUGAACACCAUGGAGGAGAAGGACAGACUUAACUAUGAUGACAGAUUUAGGGACAGCGAGGAUUUAAUUCUUGAAAUUAAUGAACUGCGGUACAGAAUGACAGAUCUGGAGACUGAAAAACUACAGUACGAAAAGAAAGUUAAAACCACGAAGUCACUAAUGGCCAAGCUUUCUAGCCUGAAAAUCAAAAUGGGCCAGAUGCAGUAUGAGAAACAGAGGAAGGAGCACAAACUCCAGGCUAUGAAGGAGGAGCUAGCCAUGCUGAGGAGGCAGCUGGAGGGCAGAGACGGAGAGAUGAGGCGGCUACAGGAUGAGACAGGCUUCAAAGCAAUCGCCUCGAGCAGUUCAGAUCCCACGGAGAGAGUCUCUCAUCCAGAUGAAACUCUUAGAAAGAGGCUGAAAGAGAAACAUGUGGAAGUGCAGAGAAUGAAAAAAGCAGUUGAAUCGUUGAUGGCAGCGAAUGAAGAGAAGGAUCGUAAGAUUGAGGAACUGAAGCAGUCGCUGCUGCGGUAUAAAAAAGUUCAAGACAUGGUGAUGUCAGUGCAAGGGAAGAAAGAGAAAAGCAAAGAUACCGAGCACUUGGAGAGUCCUGGCGAUGGAUCCGUCGUGUUCUUGUCGAUGAACCCGGCGUCUGCGGAGUCAGAAAAGUAUGACGUUACAGAUGUUGAACAACUGAAAAGGAGGAGCCCAGAUGAGUUGGAGAUCCUCAACGGACUGAAUGAAGAGCCCUCACCCACACCCAGCCCUUCAGAUCCAGAACGAGGAUCUGAGUCCGCACCAAUAGAUGUAGAAAGCCAAGAUACCACAAAGACUGGCAGCCAGGACCGGCUGGAUCGGAGCAAUAAUGAAAAGAGUACGAGUGAAGAGAUCAGUAAGAUCAGUGAAAAGCCUCCCAUGAGUCCGCCUGCCACCUCGCCUGCCGCCACGGAGGACGACAGCUUUGGCUCGAGAAAGGCUCGUACUUCCUUUGGAAAGGGUUUCUUCAAGAGGGGCAAGAAGACGGCCAGCAGUCCUAACCUCGACCGCAGCCGGAGUGCGAGUGCGCCUAUGCUAGCUGAAACAGAGCGACAGGGCACCGACCACCUGGAUCUGGCCGGGCUGCCACAGAGGUCGGCGAACAGCGACAGCACCAACACGCUCUCUACGACCCCGGAGAGCAGGAAGAAAUCCAAAGGAAUAAAGAAACUCUUUGGGAAGCUAAAAAGGAGUCAGUCUACCACAUUUAACCUGGAUGACAACUUACCAGAGGGCGAGUUCAAGAGGGGCGGAGUGCGAGCCACAGCGGGACCCAGACUGGGUUGGUCUCGUGACCUCCAAAGAUCCAAUGACGUCGAUGCUCCAUUUGCACGCUGGUCCAAGGAGCAGGUGUGUGACUGGCUGCAGGGUCAGGGUCUCGGUCUCUACGUGAACAUGGCUCGUGUGUGGAUCUCCUCUGGACAGACGCUGCUGCAGGCCUCCCAACACGACCUGGAGAGGGAGCUGGGCAUCAAACAUGUGCUGCACAGAAAGAAGCUGCAGCUGGCUCUGCAGGCCCUCGGCUCAGAGGAGGAGGAUAAUAAAGGAAAGCUGGACUACCACUGGGUGACGAGAUGGCUGGAUGACAUCGGUCUGCCUCAGUAUAAGACCCAGUUUGAUGAGGGCAGGGUGGAUGGUCGCAUGCUGCACUACAUGACAGUGGAUGACCUGCUGUCUCUGAAGGUGGGGAGUGUCCUGCAUCACCUCAGCAUCAAGAGAGCGAUCCAAGUGCUCCGACUCAACAGCUACGAGCCCAACUGCUUGCGUCGUCGGCCGUCUGACGAGAACAAUAUUUCUCCAGCAGAGAUUUCCCAGUGGACCAACCACAGGGUGAUGGAGUGGCUGCGAUCUGCGGACCUCGCCGAAUACGCUCCCAACCUGAGAGGCAGUGGCGUGCACGGAGGCCUGAUGGUUCUGGAGCCACGCUUCAACGCGGAGACCAUGGCUCUGCUGCUGAACAUCCCCCCCAACAAGACGCUGCUGCGCCGCCACCUCGCCACACAUUUCAACCUGCUCAUCGGCUCAGAGGCCCAGCAGCUCAAACAGGAGUGUCUGGAAAACCCCGACUACACUCUGCUCACUGCCACCACCAAGGUCAAGCCAAGGAAACUGUCAUUUGGUAACUUCGGCAGUCUGAGGAAGAAGAAGCAGGAGGAGAGCGAGGAGUACGUGUGUCCGAUGGACGUGGAGAUGCCAAAGGGACGAAGCUUUCAGAAAGGCUUCGAGCUCCAAAUCUACGAGGACGACCUGGACCGGUUAGAACAGAUGGACGACUCCGAGGGAACCGUGAGACAGAUCGGAGCGUUCUCUGAGGGGAUUCAGAACCUGACGAGCAUGCUGAAAGAUGACGAAUUCUUCAAAGAGGCUUCAAACUCAGACGAGGACUCCUCCGUCGCAUGAGAGACCGUCGGCACCAUGAAACCUGGUCCUGCUGUGAAUGAAACUCUGUGCCGACAGACUCGUCUCAACAAACCCCAGAACGCUCCCACGUUUCUGUCUUAGUGUUACAUUCAAAGAUGAGCCAAAAGUAUUAGUGUUUCUCUUUUCUCCACUUUUAAACGACGGUGUUGUGACAGUCCAGUAGCCACGAUCACUCCUGAACUUUGUCUCCUUUACUGUCCUCUGAUGACGACCGGGGGACGUUUAGGGCAACAACCACUGCUUCCCUGCCAGCUGGUUUCUGUGGAUAUUUUCUACUCAGUUUGAACCUUUUUCUAUUUUCUGAUAGAACAGAAGUGUCAACCAGCAGGAAAAGAGACAUCCAAAAUAUGCCAAUAUAGAUUUUAAUAUAUGUCUUUUAAAUAUCCUUCUGACUGUAGAAAUAUUGAAGUGAUGUGCUGAGAAGAUUUUCCCAUUUUUAAGAAGUUGGUGUAAAGUAAUAAACUCCCAAACAGCUGCUAAGUUUUCUACAGAACUAAACCUAAUUAUCAUGUAUUUUAUCCUACGUUGAACAUUUUAUAGGUUUUCACUCAACCGUAAUAUCCUACAUGUAUUUUGCACCAAUAACAUAUACAGUACGAAGCCUAAUCAAUAUCAUUGCAUGGGAUUGAACUUCAACACAUUUACCGUUUAUAAGAGCUUGUUGUUUAUUUUAUUUUUUACCAUAAACUCAUUUUUAAUGGAACUCAGUUGGCUGACACAUUUAUUAUUUUUGGAGAAGUUGUUUGUGGCAUAUUCAAAAUAAUAAUGUUAUAAUGCAACCCUUUAACCCUUCAUGAGAAGUUGUUUUUUUUUACGUUAAUCCAUUUCUUAGAUCAAUAAAAUAAUUUAAAUCAG